CUUAUCAUGAAACAAUUAUCUGAAGGACAAAUAAGGUUUUGUGUUAUUCAACCAAUACAUCUCUCAUCAUGGCUGCACAUAUUUUUUAUUUUGAAGUCUAUCUCUUCUCUUAAACCUGCCAGACUUCCAAUUCAUCAAAGGAAACCUUUAAUAGCCUCUUGGAAUGCUCCCACAGAUCAGUGUUUGAUAAAAUAUAAUUUAAGACUAAAUUUGAAAAUGUUUCAGGUGAUUGGAAGCCCAUUGGCCGAGGCCAGGGGACAAAAUGUCACCAUAUUUUAUGUCAACAGAUUGGGAUACUAUCCCUGGUAUACAUCACAGGGAUUCCCCAAUAAUGGUGGUCUCCCCCAGAACACAAGUUUGCAAGGACAUCUGGAAAAAGCUGACCAAGAUAUUACUUAUUACAUCCCUGCUGAAGAUUUCAGUGGACUUGCUGUUAUAGACUGGGAAUACUGGCGACCACAGUGGGCACGGAACUGGAACACAAAAGAUGUCUAUCGACAGAAGUCAAGAAAGCUAAUUUCUGAUAUGAAAAAGAAUGUAUCAGCUACUGACAUUGAAUAUUUAGCCAAAUCAACUUUUGAAGAAAGCGCCAAAGCUUUCAUGAAGGAAACCAUUAAAUUGGGAAUUAAGAGCCGACCCAAUGGACUUUGGGGUUAUUAUUUAUAUCCUGAUUGCCACAAUUAUAAUGUCUAUGCCCCAAACUAUACUGGGUCAUGCCCAGAAGAGGAGGUUCUGAGAAACAAUGAGCUCUCCUGGCUCUGGAACAGUAGUGCUGCUUUAUAUCCUUCUAUUGGUGUCAGGAAAUCCCUUGCAGAUAGUGAACACAUUUUGCGCUUCUCUCAAUUUCGGGUGCACGAAUCCAUGAGGAUCUCCGUCACGACAUCCCACGAUGACGCUCUGCCCGUAUUUGUCUACACAAGGCUAGGGUACAGAGACGAACCUUUAUUUGUUCUUUCUCAGCAAGAUCUAAUUAGUACCAUUGGAGAAAGUGCUGCCUUGGGAGCCGCAGGCAUUGUGAUUUGGGGAGACAUGAAUUUAACUUCAUCUGAGGUCAACUGUACAAAGGUGAAGCACUUCGUGAGUUCUGAUUUAGGGAGCUACAUAGUCAACGUGAGCAGAGCCGCUGAGGAGUGCAGCUUUCACCUCUGCAGGAAUAAUGGGAGGUGCAUAAGGAAGACGUGGACAGCUCCUGAUUACCUUCAUUUGAACCCUGCAAGUUACCACAUAGAGGCCUCUGAGGAUGGGGAAUUUAUUGUGAAAGGGAAAGUAUCUGAUACUGACUUGUCAGUGAUGGCGGAGAAAUUUUCCUGUCAUUGUUAUCAAGGAUACGAAGGGGCUGAUUGCCGAGAAAUGAGGUCGGCUGAUGGGGGCUCUGUGGUUUCCCCUUCUGGCCCCCUAAUGACACUAUGUCUGCUGGUUUUAGCAGGUUAUUGGAGUACCACUU